ACAGUAAAAACCACUAGUUGUUUCAGAGCACAAAACCAUCUGAUUUUUCCUAGAAAAGUGGUUUCAAUUUUCUAAAACCGCUUUUUGAUUGCAGCGUCCCCUUAUAUAGCAGUACAUUACAGACAUCUCACAUCCAUUUCAGUUCUCCUCUCGUGUAAAGUCGCUUGUGGUGUCCGCCGUCAGAAGCUCACUAACUAAAGAAGAGAAGCCAGAGGAGAAACCCUGACAUCUGAAACAGUAAGAAUGGGGAGAGGCAAGAUCGUGAUCCGAAGGAUCGACAAUUCGACCAGCAGGCAAGUCACUUUCUCAAAACGAAGAAACGGAUUACUGAAGAAGGCGAGGGAGUUGGCGAUCCUGUGCGACGCAGAAGUAGGUUUGAUUAUCUUCUCCAGCACCGGGAAGCUCUAUGAUUUUGCAAGUACCAGCAUGAAAUCAGUGAUUGAACGAUACAACAAAACAAAGGAGGAGCAUCAUCAACUACUGAAUCCAACCUCAGAAAUCAAGUUCUGGCAAAGGGAGGCAGCAACCUUGAGGCAACAACUGCAAAACUUGCAAGAAAGCCAUCGGCAAUUGAUGGGAGAAGAACUUUCUGGAUUGACUGUCAAAGAUCUACAAAAUUUGGAGAACCAAUUGGAAAUGAGUUUGCGUUGUGUCCGUAUGAGAAAGGACCAGAUUUUAACUGAUGAGAUACAAGAACUAAACCGAAAGGGGAACCUCAUUCACCAAGAAAACAUGGAACUUUACAAGAAGGUAAACCUCAUUCGUCAAGAAAACAUAGAAUUGUAUAAGAAGGUGUAUGGAACAAGGGAUAUCAAUGGAGCAGAAAAAAAUGCCAUUAUUCCAAGUGGUUUUAGAAUUGGAGAGGACCUGCAUGUGCCCAUCCAUCUCCAGCUAAGCCAGCCACAGCAACAAAACUAUGAGACAUUGGCAAAACCUACAAAAUUGGGCAGAUUAGAACUGCAUUAGAGAAGUGGAAUGAUGAACUCUGGAAUGGUGUCAGAGCAAUUCCCAUCAAUUGAAUGCCUUACAAUUACAAAGUCAUGCUUCUUGCAGAGAAAUGUGGUACAUGAGCUAGAAAAUAUAUAUGUUUGCAAGGAAAAUUUUCAGAUCUGGCGUGACAUUAUCAAAUAACCAACUUGGUAUUUAGUUUGACAUGAUCAAAAAAAAACAUCUGUAAAGUUACAUAUUAAUAAAAAUUCCUUGUGUGUGUUUGGUGUUUUUCA